UUCAAUAGUUCAGAUGGAGCUAUCUACUAAGGUUUCUGAAAAGAGGUUGGCGGGAAAAGUAGCAGUAAUAACCGGUGGUGCAAGAGGGAUUGGAGCAGCCACAGCCAAGGUGUUCGCUCAAAAUGGCGCACAUGUCAUCGUCGCUGACAUCCUCGACGACCUCGGCGCAGCGCUGGCGGACUCGAUAGGUGGCCGAUACAUACACUGCGAUGUGGCAAAAGAAGCCGACGUAGAAUCGGCCGUUGAACUGGCAAUAAAAUGGAAAGGCCAACUAGACAUCAUGUUCAACAACGCCGGAAUCUCUGGCCCCGCCGGAGGAAGCAUAACAAGUCUUGAGAUGGACAAAGUUCAGUGCCUUCUUUCUGUGAACGUUCUAGGCAUGUUACAUGGAACGAAGUACGCAGCCAGAGCCAUGAUCAAGGCUCAAAUCAGGGGAAGCAUUAUAUGCACAUCGAGCUCGGCGGCCAUUAUGGGAGGCUUGGGAUCCCAUGGCUAUACAUUAUCGAAGGAAGCCAUUAUUGGGUUCGUUAGAAGCUCAGCUUGUGAGCUGGGAAUCCAUGGGAUUCGAGUUAACUCCAUUUCUCCACAUGGGGUUCCCACGGAUAUGCUUGUCAGUGCUUAUAGAAAGUUUCUUGGGAAAGUUGAUAUGAAGGCUGAGGAUGUGAGGAAGAUCAUUGGUGAGAGGGGAACUUUGCUGAGAGGGAGAGGAGGGGCUGUGGAGGAUGUGGCUAUGGCUGCUCUGUUCCUGGCUAGUGAUGAAGCUGGCUUCAUUACGGCUCAUAAUCUUGUCGUUGAUGGAGGUUAUACUUCAGCCAAUAGUGCCUUGAGCUUUAUUUAUCAGUAA